GCCAAUCGUUUACGAACCGCCCACAGGAGAUGACAACAACAAAACAGAGCGAGCAAGGCUGCUAGCGUAGUUAGCUCCCAGCUAUAAACAGAUAAAGCCUAUGCCUGUUUGUUACACCAUCCUGGGUUGGACAUUAGAAACACCAGACCUCUAUUUAAAACGGCAAUGCUGUUUACUACCAAUGACUUUCCUACACCAUGACUGUUUUUAACCCGAGGCUAGCCGCGUCUUCGAGCUAGUGUUGCUAGGUUAGCUCUAUGUUUGCCAAAGUAACCUGGCUUAGCUAGCUAGCUCGUUUGCUAGCUUGUUAGCUAGCCCACUCGCCUUAGGUAAAGGUGGAGACCAACAACGGAAGAUGCGGGUGAAGUAAGGGUGGCCUUCGAAGACUAAAUGAACAAGUGCGGAGACCAGCGGAGGAUUCAACAUGAAGUUGUAUGUGUUCCAGGUUAAUAAUGGCAGCACACUGACAUUUGACACAGAUCUUGCUGUCCAAACUGUACUGGAACUUAAACAUGCCAUCCAGGCGAAGUAUAAGAUUGCACUUCAACAUCAAGUCCUUGUUGUCAAUGGAGGUGAAUGCAUGGAUGCUGAGAGGCGUGUCUGCAGCUACAGUGCGGGCACUGAAACAAACCCCAUAUUCCUUUUCAACAAGGAGAUGAUCUUGUCCGACCGGGAUCCAACCAUUCCCAAAACCACCUUCUCCAUUGAGAGCGAGAUUCAGGUGAAGGUGGAAGAGUCGCUACUGAUGCCAGCCGUCUUUCACACCGUUGCCUCUCGAACACAACUUGCUCUGGAAAUGUUUGAAGUUGCCAACAAGCUUAGUUCGUUCUGUGAACGUUUGGUUCAUGACGAACACCUCCAGCACCAAGGCUGGGCCGCCAUCAUGGCCAACCUGGAUGACUGCACGCUGUCCUAUCAGAAGCUACUAGUAAAAUUUGACACUGCAUACUCAACGUACCAGCACGAUUUGGAGGAAAUUAAGUUUAAGCUCACAAAGCUGGGGACAGCAGUCUCUGUGAUGGCUAGGAUACCUCUGCUGGAAUGUUUGACAAGACAAAGUCAUCGAGAGCACAUGAAGAAGUCUGCCUCCACCCCAGAGAAAGAUUCCGAUGAGACGGAAGAAGAAAAAUCCAGUGACUCAGUGCUAUGUGCCCCAGAUGCACAGCGGGGCCACAAGGUACCAGGAUCUACUGAGAUGGCCAAGAGCGAAGGUACUGGUGAGCGAGACAUGAGUCAGAUGAUGGACAACGUGGAGCUCAGAGCCGCGCUGCAGGAUGAACACAUCCCCAAACCCGGAAACCUGCCCCAAUUCAAUGUCACGCUUUUGGACUGGAUCAAUGUGCAAGAUCGGCCUAAUGACGUGGAGUCUGUUGUUAGGAAAUGCUUUGAUUCCAUCAACAGGCUUGACCCGCGGAUCAUCCAACCUUUCCUCGCAGACUGUCGCGACACCAUCGCCAAGUUGGAUAAUCAAAAUAUGAAAGCCAUCAAGGGGCUGGAGGACCGGUUGUACGCUCUCGACCAGAUGAUUGCGAGCUGCAAGAAGCUGGUCAAUGAACAAAAAGAACUUGCUCAGGGAUUUUUAGCCAAUCAGAAGCGGGCUGAAAACCUGAAGGACACAUCUGUUCUGCCAGACUUGUGUCUAAGUCACACCAACCAGCUGAUGAUCAUGUUGAACAACCACAGGAAGCUGCUGGACAUCAAAAAGAAGUGCACCACUGCCAAACAGGAGCUUGCAAACAACCUUCAAGUCCGACUCAAAUGGUGCUGCUACGUGAUGCUCCACGCAGACCAGGAUGGUGAGAAACUUCAAGCUUUGUUCCGACUCCUCACUGAGCUCCUGGAGAGGGUGCGCGUGGUCGAAGCCCUGAGUACAGUGCCCCAGAUGUACUGCUUGGCGGUGGUGGAAGUUGUCCGGAGGAGAAUGUUUAUGCGACACUACAGAGAGUGGGCCUACGCACUUGUUAAAGAUGGCAAGCAACUGUACGAAGCAGAGAAGUUCAAAAGGGAGAACUUUGGGAAACUCUUCAGAAAGUCCUUCCUCAGAAAUCGUUUGUUUCGAGGGCUUGACGCAUGGCCUCCGACCUCAUUUUGUACAAGCAAACCACGAAGAUUUGACGAUGAACUUCCAGACAUCUCCGUCAAUGACUUGGAGUACUUGAAAUCGUGCUGUCCUGUGGAGGUGCAGCCUUUCCUCAUGGUCCCGACGAUGUGCGACUUUGAUCCCUUGAAUCAGCACGUGCAGAAGCUCACUCGUCUGGUUCAAGCUACACAGAGUUUGGACGAUAUGUCUGAAACUAUUACUAACCUGCUGAGUGAACAGAGGGUGUCUUUUAGCCAGAGCAUGCACAGGUCAACCGCAUUAACGCCUCAGUCCGCAGAAAGCCCACCUGGGCUGGCCGCGGCCUCCAAAGCUCCCGCCUCCCUCAGCCUUCAAGGAGCCAGCUCUCAUCCACUCAACAUUCCCGCCCCUUUAGAGGACCUUUCUCCAGACAGCAUCGACGCACAGACAUUUGACUUCGAAACCAUCAGCCAUCCCAACAUGGAAGGCGUCUUGCAACCCGGGUCCCUCGACCUGGAUUCACUGGCAGAGAGCCCCGAGUCCGACUUUAUGUCCGCCGUCAACGAAUUUGUGAUUGAGGAGAACCUGACUUCCCCGAACCCCAUCAGUGACCCGACCAGCCCCGAAAUGAUGGUGGAGUCUUUGUAUUCUUCUGUCAUCAACGCCAUUGACAACAAGCGCAUGCAGGACACCACGAUCCUGGAGAGGGAGAACUCGAGAAUCGCUGUGCUCCACCAAGCUAUUUACAACUAUCGACUAGCGGCUGAGGAGUCCCACUCCAACCUGAGAUGUGUGAAGGACGACUUGUGUCGCCUGCGAAGUCAGGUCUCGAAAGAGCAAAACGACUUUGGCUUUGCCCUGAGGAGUGUGAGCUCAGAGGUUCGCGACAUGGUGGACAACAUCUGCCGGGCGCUUGAACUGGAGCUGAAAGAGCAGCAUCAGAGCGAAAUUGUGACCCUUCGGCAAGCAUAUGAGAAGCAGGUCCGCUCGCUCACCGAGGACAACCAAGUCAACCAGAAUAUCGUGCGAGAUGUGCAGCGUGCCAUGCUGGAGCUGGAGGGACUGAUGGAGCGCAAAGAAAAAGAACUCACCCAGCUGGAGGGCGACAAGGCGCUUUGGCUCGAAACGGAGAGCAACCUGAAAGAGAAACUCAAGAAGUCUGAGCAGCUGGUGAGCGUUGGAGAAACAGAGCUCCAGAACGUCUUGGCUAGCAGAGACUCUCUGAAAAGUCAGCUGGAGAAUCUGCAUUUUGAGAUCGAACGUGGCCAGCAGAAGAUUAGGCAGGAACUGGAGGCUGAGGCGCAGGCGCAUUUGAAGGAGCUUGAGGACCGACUGAAGGUGGAACAUAGAGCAGAACUGGGCCACCUCUCCAAAGACCAUCAGAAGGCUUUGGAACACAUUGCUGCUGAAAACAUGACUAAGCUAAAGGAUGCAAUAGAACACCAUAACAGUGCUGUACAAGAGAAGGACCUCCAAAUAAAAGAGCUUGAGGCUCGCUAUGCUGAGCUUUCAGAACUGCGUUGCAAGGUGGAAAUGGAGUUGGCCCUAAAAGAAACAGAAGUAGAGGAGGCAAGGGUCCUCCUAGAGGAGACCAAGAUGCAGCAGGCCGAGGCAGUGAGCUCCCAGGUAGCAGCCGAGACGCAAGUACUCACCGAAGAGCUCGCAAAGACCAAACAAGAACUUCAGGUGAAAAAUGAGGAGUACGAGAUGGACCGAGCCGAGCUGAAGAGCCUCUUGAAGAUUGAGAAGGACCACUGCAUCUCGGAGCUGGUCGACAGACAUGAGAAGGAAAUGGCCCUGUUGCGAAGCGAAAUAUCAUCCCUGCAGCAGCAGGCCCAGGAGACUGACAGGAGCCACGCAGAGCAACUGAAGAACCUCAAACAAGAGUUGGACCAGCAGGUGUCUGCUGCCAAUGAAAAAAAGGAGCUGCAGUUUAGGAAUUUCCAGGAACUGGAGCUCGAGUUGAAAACUCUGAUCAGUAAUUUGCAGGCCGAAAACCAGCUUUUAUGUAAAAGACUAGAGGAGGAAGCCUCAGACGAAACGUUGAAAGUGUUGCAGUUGAAAAAUGAGGAGACAGAAAAGAGACUGUCUGACAGGAUACGACAACUUGAAGAUGAGCUUCAAAACAGGCCGUCGUUAUCGAGUGACGCAGGGCUACCCCUUUGCGCCGAGAGCCGCACAGAUGCACCUCUCUCUCUGGACUCAGCCCUGCAGGAGCGCCUGCAGCAGGAGAGGGCCUCCCUGCAGACCCAGCUGGAGCUCCUGGAGAGGAAGAAAAAUGAGGAGAUCCAGAACCUCAAGACCUCCCUGAUAGCAGAACAACAGACAAACUUCAACACUGUUCUGACUCGUGAGAGGCUGAAGAAGGAGCAGAUUAUCAGUGACCUCACGGAGAAGCUGCAGAAUGUCACCCAACAGCAGGAAAAGGACAAAGCUCUGAUAGAGACACUCUCUGAGGACCGAGCCAGCGUGAUGCAGGAGAAGAAGCACAUGGAAGAGGAGCUGAACCGCUUGCGCAGCACCGCCCUGGUCUCCUCGGCCAUCUUCACCACCCACGCCUCCGCGCUUGAGGUCGCCGGAGCGUGUUCAUCCGAGCUCCUGGCCGACACCGACAGACUAGCCUCUGUGGCCACCUUGAGGGACGACGAGCAUGUCGACUCAGCAGUGGAGGCCAGCAUGGUAACAGUCCAUGAGAACAUCGUCAUGUCAGAGGAAAAGCAGAGGAUACUCUUACUUGAGCGGACUUUGCACAUGAAGGAGGAAGAGAACAAGCGCCUCAGCCAAAGACUGAUGUCUCAAAGCAUGUCUUCUGUGUCCUCGCGGCAUUCCGACAAAAUCGCCAUCAGAGACUUCCAGGUCGGCGAUUUGGUUCUAAUCAUCCUGGAUGAAAGGCACGACAACUACGUGCUGUUCACCGUCGGCCCGACACUCUACUUCCUGCACUCGGAAUCACUUACUGCGCUGGACCUCAAACCGGCCUCGGGGACAUCAAGGCGGCCGUGGGUGCUCGGAAAGGUGAUGGAGAAGGAGUAUUGCCAGGCUAAAAAGGGUAUUCUUUCAUCAGUUGGGGUGUGAAAAUACCCAACGCGGAUGGACAUCAAUAAAAAUGGAAAUGAUUUUCCAUGAAAUGCAGUCAGUUUUAAAAUGAUACGUUUUUUGUUUGCUCAUAUUUACGGCAGAAGGUAAAGCAUCUGAAGGUGAGUCGAUACAUCCGAUGUAGUUAUGCAUCACGAAUGAUAGUCCACUGUGAAUAAAAUAAUAGUCUGGACUUAAGGGAGUAGGAAAGGAGUGGAUGAUGUCGAACACAGCAGCCGUCUUUUUUGGAGCGUUGGACCUCACAAAAGCUUUUCCUGUGUUCUCUUAACAGGCCCAGAACAGGUUCAAGGUUCCUCUCGGAACCAAAUUCUACAGAGUCAAAGCUGUUCCGUGGAACAGAAGAGUAUAAAAACCAAGUCAUAAAAUGUAGAAAUCAUCUCUUCCUACCCUCACCCCAAGACAUAACAUUUCACUUGAAAGAACUUUGGAGGAAAAAAAGAUAUACAAGGAAAACUAUAGGGCAGCAUCAUGCAAUUUAUAAGUUGAAAACACUCACCUGCUACCCUUUUUUUUUUCCUCAAACAAAUCAAUCAAACUUUAUUUAAGCUCCGUUUGGUUUUGUGGACCAAAUGCUAUUAACAUGAAUAGUUAGGGUGUUGCCCUAUUCAAUGUGGCAUUAAGCCAUAUGACCUGUGUGUAAAAACAGAACAAAAUGUAAACAGCAUUAGUUCUCAUUUGUGGGAAAUAUCUUUGUCAUUAUCAAAAUAAUUAAAUGAAGAAAAAAAAAUAUAGAGGCUACACUUGUUAUGAUUAUUCAUGUUUAUGGAGGAAUGUUCAUGGCAUGCAUCUUGAUAUGUUUUCUUUGAUUUGACUUAUCCAAAUAAGUGUCGUAGUGGGAAAAUGUAGUGUUCCUCACAGCAAAGCAGUCAGGCCCUUUUGUGAAUACUGACAUGUAUAUUAUUAUGGCCGUGCUGAGUCGCGGGGGGGGGCAAACAAAUCACCUUUGCAAUCCUGAAAAUGCACUUUGAAAAACAAACAAGUGUAAAAAAAAAAAAGAUUUUGGGAGGGGCUGUGGGCAACGGAGCAGCCGUGGUGAUUAUUACGUCAAUAAUCACGCGCAAGCUUUCCGGCAGAAAAUGUAGAAAGGAGCUCUGUGUGACGGUGUUUCAUGAUGAGACCACAUUGUACAUUGACCAUCAGAUCUCACGUGUAAUAAGCAAAUGACUGUAUUGCAACAGAAGAGAGUUGUGAAACAAUAAAGGAUGGAUCCGAAAUACA